CUCUCCAAUUCUUAACUCCUAAAGCACAUAGCCUUUUAUUCUUUUUAUUUUUUGUAACUCCUCUUUCCCUAUCUCCCAAGAUCACAAAAUCAACACAAAGAUCUUCUAAUCUAAGAUCAACUCCAGUUGAUCAAUUCAACUUCAUCAUCAUUCCCCAAGGAAACAACACAAAACAAACAAAAAAGAAUUAAAAAAAAAAGAAAAGAAAAGGGGGGUUUCAUUUGAGUGUUUCAGGGGAAUUUAGAACUUGAGAUUUGAAGGACAGGAAGGCUAGGAUAUGGGAUGGGGGCACGUUGAGCAGUGGUGGCCUUUGGAGUAGCAAGGAUUGAUUUUUUUCCUGGUUUUUAGCAAUGGGUUUCAAUUAUUAAAAAUUUUAAUAAUUUAGUGAGCAUUAAAAAAAGGAUUUAUAUAGUUUGGUGACUGUUGGUGUAUUUUACCACAAAAGAAAAGAAAAAAUAUCACAUGAAAACUUAAAAAGCCUAGGCCUAACAAACUGUAUAGUUCCCAAACCAGUAAAAGGGAGGAUUUGUCUGAACUCUCAAACACGGAGAAGGAAGAGAAGAGAGAGUCGGUGUAAUAUCAGAAUACCAAGCGAGCCUUGAAAAAAAAAAGGAAACAGAUUCAUUCACUCUCCAAAAUACUAAAACGAUAUUGAUUUGUUUCCACAUUUGGAAGCCCCCUAUAAGUUUUUUUCUCGUCAUUGGUUCAUCCCUUAACUAAAAACCAAACACAAGUAUCCCAAAAGCGUGAAAAAGAAUCCCCAUACGUAUAUUCUUUGGCUCUGAUGGUUUUUUGAGUGCAAAAAAGGUUUUUUUUUGGGUUUUUAGAUUGGGAUGGAUUCUGGGAUUGAAAUUAAGGUGACGAAUCCAAGUAAAGGAGACAAUGUGGGGAAUCCGGUGGGACCAGGUCAUGCCACGUCAGCAUCAUCAUCAUCACCACCACCACCACCACCACAGCCAUCCACGUCAUCGCCGCUGCCUGAUGGACGGCGGAGGCGGCAGCAGGAGCGGAGGCAGAGGCAGAGGCAAGGACAAGGGUUGAUUGAUUUUAUGCCGUUUAAAAAGUGGGUGCCCUGGAUGGUUCCAGGCUUUGUUUUGGCUAAUGUAGUCCUUUUUGCAAUAACCAUGUUCAUUAAUGAUUGCCCCAAGAACUCGGUUUCUUGUGUGGCAGGGUUCUUGGGAAGGUUCUCUUUUCAGCCUAUGAAAGAAAACCCUCUCCUUGGCCCUUCUUCUUCUACAUUAGAGAAAAUGGGUGCUCUAGACGUGUCAAAAGUUGUCCAUAGACAUCAGGCAUGGCGCCUGAUUUCUUGUAUAUGGUUGCAUGCAGGGGUUUUCCACAUACUUGCCAAUAUGUUGAGUCUUGUAUUCAUCGGUAUUCAGCUUGAGCAGGAAUUUGGGUUUGUGAGAAUUGGGUUGCUUUAUCUAAUUGCUGGUUUUGGUGGGAGUUUGAUGUCAUCCCUUUUUGUUCAGACCGGUAUAUCAGUUGGUGCCUCUGGUGCACUUUUUGGUUUACUAGGAAGUAUGCUUUCAGAACUCAUCACAAAUUGGACCCUAUAUGCAAAUAAGUUGGCAGCACUGUUGACUCUCAUUUUGAUUAUUGUAAUAAAUCUAGCAAUGGGAAUCCUCCCACACGUGGAUAACUUUGCUCAUAUGGGGGGAUUUCUUUCUGGGUUUCUUCUUGGAUUUGUGUUUCUGAUCCGUCCCCAGUUUGGAUAUGUUAGUGAGAAACAUGUUCCACGAGGAUACAUUGUAGCUUCUCGUAAACCUAAACACAAGCCAUACCAGUAUGUCCUCUGGAUUAUCUCUCUGAUACUGUUGAUUGUUGGACUCACUGUUGGCCUAGUCCUUCUCCUUCGGGGCGUUAAUUUGAAUGAUCACUGUUCUUGGUGUCAUUAUAUGAGUUGCGUCCCUACCUCAUUGUGGAGCUGCAAAUCACAGCAAGUGUACUGUGAGUCAAUCCAAUAUGGGAAUCAACUGAACUUAACUUGCAUAAGCAAUGGGAAAAGCAACAUCUAUACAUUAUCAGGUGAAAACUCUUCCCUCGUUCAGCGGCUAUGUUCUAAGCUCUGCAGUUGACAUACAAGCAUGCAUGGAGCAAGAUUUAUUUUUAGAAACAUUUAAAUUUCAUUGCAGUUGUUAAUUUCGAAUUCGUUACAUGUUCAUUUUAAAUAUAUCAUAUGAAAAUAUUUUUCCAAUGAUAAGUUUUCUUCUUAGAGUACUCAUUAAUUGUAUCAUUUAUCAAUGAUCACUCAUAUUAUUCCCUUACAUGAAACUUGCAGUGUGAUUGAAACACAAAAACUAGCCUAAGAGAUAAAAUAGUUAAACUAUUUGCCAAAACACACAAUUCCUUAAGGAAUUCCAAAGUUUAAUUCUUUGGAGUUGGAAUUUUUUACUAUAUUUUUGUUUUACCUUUCUUCUACCUUCUCACCUUUUUUUCUAAAUCUUUUUUGCCCUUGCCUUAUUUUUGUUUCUUGUGAAUUCUAUGGAGUCUAGAGUUUUGAACCACCUUGGUACAAUACAAGUUUCAGGAUGAAAAUUUGG